AAGGCAAGAGCUGCUAUCAAUCUGCCAUGACUCAGCACUCCCCUCCUCCUGUCCCCUAGUGUCACACAUGAACCGUCAGCUGAUCCUCACAGCUCUGCCUGCUCUAGCACUAUACCAACACACCUAACAUUACAAUAGCUCACACAUACCCAGCUUUAUCCGUCACUUCCAUAGCUGACACUAAGCCUGCCUGUCCUUUCAUCACUACCAGCCAUGUCUUCUAAGGUGGGGAAACAAGACCAACAAGCGGAAGGCCAGGAUUCCAAGCUGACUUUUCAGUACACCAGGAAGAGGGGCUAUGACAUAACCCGUGACCCCCAUCUCAACAAGGGGAUGGCUUUCUCUCUUGAAGAGAGGUUGCAGUUGGGCAUUCAUGGACUUUUACCCCCAUGCUUCCUAAGUCAAGAUGUUCAGGUUUUGAGAGUGCUGCGAAACUAUGAAAGACAGAAGUGUGACCUUGACAGGUAUAUUUUGCUGAUGGGACUCCAGGAUCGAAAUGAGAAGCUUUUCUACAAAGUUUUGACUUCAAACAUCGAAAGAUUCAUGCCCAUUGUUUAUACUCCGACUGUAGGCUUGGCUUGUCAACAGUAUGGGUUAGCAUUUCGAAGACCAAGAGGGCUCUUCAUUACCAUUCAUGACCGUGGCCAUAUAUCCACUCUAAUGAAAUCAUGGCCUGAGAAUGAGAUUAAGGCUGUUGUGGUAACAGAUGGAGAGAGAAUCCUUGGUCUUGGAGACCUUGGAAGCUAUGGCAUGGGCAUUCCUGUUGGUAAACUGGCACUAUACACAGCAUGUGGAGGAGUAAGGCCUCAACAAUGUCUCCCUGUGAUGCUGGAUGUGGGAACUGACAAUGAGGAAUUACUACAGGACCCUCUUUAUAUAGGACUAAGACACAAACGCGUAAGAGGCAAGGCUUACGAUGACCUUGUGGAGGAAUUCAUGAAAGCCGUCACUGAAAGGUACGGCAUGAACUGUCUUAUACAAUUUGAGGACUUUGCCAAUGCUAAUGCUUUCCGUCUGCUGAACAAAUACCGAAAUCAGUACUGUACAUUCAACGAUGACAUCCAAGGCACUGCAUCAGUCGCUGUAGCUGGACUUCUUGCGGCCCUUCGGAUAACAAAGAAUAAACUGUCUGACCACACAGUGCUGUUUCAAGGAGCUGGAGAGGCUGCCAUGGGAAUCGCUGACUUGAUAGUUAUGGCAAUGGAGAAAGAAGGGACACAAAGAGAUGAUGCAAUCAAGAAGAUAUGGAUGGUGGAUUCCAAAGGGUUAAUCGUUAAGGGCAGAUCUUCGCUGACACAUGAAAAGGAACGCUUUGCCCACCCACAUGCUGGAAUGAAGAAUUUGGAGGAUGUAGUUAAAGAUCUUAAACCAACUGCUCUAAUAGGUGUGGCAGCAAUAGGUGGAGCUUUUACUGAGCAAAUUAUAAAAGAUAUGGCGGCGUUCAAUAAGCAACCCAUAAUAUUUGCACUCAGCAAUCCAACAAGUAAAGCGGAGUGUACUGCAGAACAAUGCUACAGGCUGACUGAGGGCCGUGGUAUUUUUGCAAGUGGAAGUCCCUUUGAUCCGGUUACUCUUUCGAAUGGAAAAACACUGUACCCUGGGCAGGGUAACAACUCCUAUGUGUUCCCGGGUGUUGCACUGGGAGUUGUUGCUUGUGGUGUGAGACACAUUAGUGAUGACAUCUUUCUAACUACUGCUGAGAUCAUAGCUCAACAGGUUUCUGAUAAACAUUUGGAAGAGGGACGUCUCUACCCACCUCUACAGACUAUACAAGAAGUCUCUGUAAAGAUAGCUGUUAAGAUUGUAGAGAAUGCCUACAAGGAUAAUACAGCAUCUGUAUUCCCGGAGCCCGAGGAUAAGGAGGCGUUUGUCUGUUCCCAGAUGUACAGCACAGACUAUGACCAAUUUGUAGUGGAUUCCUACUCUUGGCCUGAAGAAGCAAUGAAAGUUCAGACUGUCACUGUCUAGACAUAAUACUGGCAAACCACAGAAAUCUGAUUGAUUUUUCUCUAUAAAAUACUCGAAAUGUUAUGGAACACUUUUUGUACCGACAUAGUAAUUAAACAGUUAAUUUGAUAAACUACACUUCAAAUAAAUAUGCAAUGCAGUGUUUGAGGCUUUUCAGAAUUCCCGUUACUGUUUAUUACAUUACUGCAAUAUGAAUCAACAUUCAGCUUAAUAUUGAUACAAGGCAGAAAUGAUCCACUACAGAAAUGGAGCGGAUACAUAGUACUGUACCAAGCGAGUAUGUUCUCUUUGCUCUCAGACUGGUUGGCCUAUUACAGUUAUUAGUUAUAGGUCAAACAAACAGAAGUUCUAAUACAAAGAUUAAUAUACUCAUACAGGAGACGGACUGAUACAGUAUGCUUGUAUUUACCUCUGUAUUAUUUGUUUUUUUCAGUUAUAAUCUUACAUUUUCCAACCUCAAAUAUAGUUUGAACACUGUAGUGCAAUAGAGAGGCGCCAAUGUCCGGCACUGCUAGGGCAAUAUAUUCGGAUGCAGGAUGUAAUGGGCAACUUGUGUGAGAACUGUAUAAAGGUGCAGGGUUGUGCUCUGGUUUAAAGAAUGCAGUAAAUAAUCCAUUCUUGUCGAUCCCUCUCCCCCAUCUACGUUUUUACCUGUGAGUAUUUUGCAAUAAAGAAAGAAAAUUAAAGAGAAGAAGGGUGAGUGCCGGUUUUUCUUCAUUAUCCUUGGAUUGAGAAGUAUAGUUUGAACACUCUUUUAAGAGGUCAGACUAACAACAUACACACUUGGGAAAGGUAUACUAAAUCUUGUGCAAACAAACAGUGGACCAGUUGCCCAUAGCAACCAAGCUUGUUGCUUCUUUCAUCAUUUUAAAUGAAAGUGUUGGGGUCACGGCAGGUGGUGGAUCCUCUGGGCCUGUGUGGAUGAUGACGUGAGCUGUGCCAGGGAGCGGAGUCUAAGGUGCCGCUGGUUUUCAACAGAGCGCGCCACAGAGUGGGAUGGUCUUGCUGUGGCAGGCAGCACCCAGGUUGCUACCCCUGGCGUGACUCAUCCACACAGGUUGCUGGGAUGUGGUGUGGCACAAAAGGAAACUGACAAGACGAGGUCAAGGUAGCAGUAGGUCAGGGCAGGUGGCACAGGUGCAGGGUCAGGUAACGGAACAAGGAUCAAGAACACGGAUAUAAGGAACACAGUAUGCUUUCACUAGGGCACAAGGCAACCAAGAUCCGGCCAGGAACAAAGGGAAGGUGCCAGUGUAAACACUUAAUUAAAUGAGUACUGGCCCUUUAAAUGUUAGAGCUCCGGCGCAUGUGCACCCUAGGAGGUGGGAGCACACGUGCUGGGGCUGCGGGAACAGAAAGACCAGGGAGGUGAGUGACGGGCUGUGAUUCGCAUGCGGGCGCAUCCCACAAUGCGAAUCCCAACCCCGCUGGCAGCGAAUCUCCCCCUUGGUGCGUACUUCUGUAAAAAAAAAUUUUUACAUAUACCAUGAACAGACAAAAAUACCGUGUCAAUCUAGCCUAUGGUGACAUAAAGGAGAUGAGUGCUACUUUAUAACCACUGACAUGGCCUAUGCUGUAGAGCUAGUUAUAGUGUAGUCAUUGCAAAGUUCCCACCAGUAUUUCUAAAAUAGAGCUGGUAGUCAGGUGCUCAUCUAUAACAGAACUAGCCUAUAAGGGCUUGUUCACACUAUGGAAAGUUAGUGCAAAUUCCUUGCAGCAGACUCCCAUUGAGUCUACUGCUUAGUGCAGACUACAGAGAUUUUGUAGAGGAACCUCCAUUGUGAAAUUGGCCGGAAGACUGAACCUAUUCAAUGUUACAGCUAAAUCCCAGCAAUAUGCUGUAGUGAAUGGGACAGCGCUUACGAUUCUGGAGGCUGUGUACGUGUAGUGAAUGGGACAGCGCUUACGAUUCUGGAGGCUGCAUAUGUGUAGUGAAUGGGACAGCACUUAUGAUUCUGGAGGCUGUGUACGUGUAGUGAAUGGGACAGCGCUUACGAUUCUGGAGGCUGCGUACGUGUAGUGAAUGGGACAGCGCU